AUGGGGGGUAGGGGAGUGAUUUUUUGGGGGGGGGUUUGGGGGGUUGGGGGGGGUUGGGGUUGGGGGGGGGUUUGGGAGGUGGGGGGGUUUGUGGAGAAAUGGGGGGUGUUGGUGAGUUUGGGGGGUUUGGGGGUUGUGGGGGGGGUUUGGGAGUUUUGGGGUGGAAGGGUGGUGUAUGGGGGGGGGGUUUUAGUUUGUGGGGUUUGGGGGGGUGGGGGGGGGUUAGGGAUUGGGGGGUUGGGGUUGGGGGUGGGUUUGGGAGUUUUGGGGGGGUUGAGGGGUUGGGGGGGUUGGGAUUUUAUGUUGGUUUGGGAGUUUGGGUGGGGUUGGGGGGUUGGGGGGGUUAGGGAGUGGGGGGGGUUGAGUUGGGGGUUUGGGGAGGUUUGUUGGUUUGAGUUUGGGGGGGGGGGUUUGGGAGUUUGGGGGGGGGUUGGGGGGUUGGGGGGGGUUGGGAGUUUGGGGGGUUGGUGGUUGGGGGGGUUUGGAAUUUUGGGGGGGGUUGGGGGUUGGGGGGUUUGGAGUUUGGGGGGGUUGGGGGUUGGGGGGGUUUGGGGUUUGGGUGUGGGUUGGGGUUGGGGGGGGUUUGGGGAGGUUUGGGGGGGUUUGGGGGGUGGGGGGGUUUGGAGUUUGGGGGGGGUUUGGGGGGGUUGGGGGGGUUUUGGGAGUUUGGGGGGAGUUGGGGGUUGGGGGGGGAUGGGGGGGUUUGGGGGGGGUUUUGGAGUUUGGGGGGGUUGGGGGGUUGGGGGGUUUGGGAGUUUGGGGGGGGUUGGGAGGGUUGGGGGGGGGUUUGAGUUUGGGGGGUUGGGGGGUUGGGGGGGGGGUUUGGGAGUUUGGGGGGGUUGGGGGGGUUGGGGGGGUUUGAAGUUUGGGGGUUGGGGUUGGGGGUUGGGUGUUGGGGGGUUGGGGGUUGGAGGGGUUGAGUUUGGGGGGUUUGGAGGUUGGGGGUUUAGUAGGGGGGGUUUGAGUUUGGGGUUUGGGGGGUUGUGGGGUUUGAGUUUGGGGGUUGGGUUGGGGGGGUUUGAGUUUGGGGGAGGUUGGUGGUUGGGGGGGGUUGGAGUUGGGGUGGUUGGGUUUGGGGUUUGGAAGUUGGGGGGGUUGGGGGGUUGGGAGUUUGGGGGGGUUGGGGGGUGGGGGUUUAGGAGUUUGGGGGUUUGUGGGGUUUGGGGGGUGGAGUUGGGGUUGGGUUGGGGGGGGUUGGGGUGGGGGGGGUUGGGGUUGGGGGGUUGGGGGGGUUGGGGAAGUUUUGGGAGGUUGGGGGGGUUUUGGGGUUGGGGGGGGGUGAGUUUGGGGGUUGGGGGGGGUGGGGGGGGUUGGGGUUGGGUUGGAGUUUGGGGGGGUGGGUGGGGGGGGGGUUGGGGGUUGGGGGGGUUUGGAGUUGGGGUUGGGUGGGGGGGGGGGUUUGGAGUUUGGGGGGGUUGGGGUGGGGGGGUUGAGUUGGGGGUUGGGGUGGGGGGGGGUUUGGAGUUUGGGGGGGGGUUGGUUGGGGGGGGUUUUUGGGAGUUUGGGGGGGUUGGGGUUGGGGGUAUGGAGUUUGGGGGGUUGGGGGUGGGGGGGUUGGGAGUUUGGGGGGGUAGGGGGUUGGGGGGUUUGAGUUUGGGGGGGUUGGGGUUGGGGGGGUUUGGGAGUUUGGGGGGGGUAUGGGGGUUUUUUUUUUGUUGGGGGGGGUUUGAUGUUUGGGGGUUUGGGGGGGUUUGGGGGGUUGGGGGGUUGGGGGGGGGGUUGAGGGGUUGGGGGGUUGGGAGUUGGGGGGGGUUUGAGUAUGGGGGUUUGGGAGUUUUGGGGGGUUUGGGGUUUGGGGGGGGUUUGGAGUUUGGGGGGUUGGGGGGUUGGGGGGGUUUGGGAUUUGGGGGGGGGUUGUGGGUUGGGGGGGUUGAGGGGUUGGGGUGGUUGGGGUUGGGGGGGGGGGGUGUGUUGUUUGGGGGGGUUGGGGGGGGUGUGAGUUUGGGGGGUUUGGGGGGGUUGGGUUGGGGGGGUGAGGUGGGGUUGGUUGGGGGGGUUGGUUGGGAGUUUGAGUUUGGGGGGGUUGGGGUUGGGGGGGUUUGGAUUUUGGGGGGGUUGGGGGGGUUGGGGGGGGUUGGGUUGGGGGGUUUGAGUUUGGGGGGGGGGGGGGUUGGUUGGGGGGGGGUUGGGGGUUGGGGGGGUUUGGGGAAGUUUGGGGUUGGGUUGGGGGGUUUGGAGUUUGGGGGGGGUUUGGGGGGUUGGGGGGGGUUGGUGUGGGGGGGUGGGGUGGGGGGGGUUGAGUUUGGGGGGGGUUUGGGGUUGGUGGUGGGUUUGGGGAGUUUGGGGGGUGGGGGGUUGGGGGGUUUGAUUUGGGGGGGUUGGGUUGGGGGGGGGUUGGGGAGGUUGGGGGUGUUGGGGGUUGGGGGGGGGUUUGGAGUUGGGGUUGGGGGGUUUGAGUUUUGGGGGGGUGGGGUUGGGGGGUUUAGUUUGGGGGGGGUAGGGGGGUUGGGGGGGUUUGGGAGUUUGGGGGGUUGGUUGGGGGGGGGUAGGGGGUUGGGGGGGUUUGAUUUGGGGGGUUGGGUUGGGGGGUUUGGAGUUGGGGGUGGGGGGGUUGGGGGGUUGGAGGUUGGGGGGUUGGGGUUGGGGGGGUUUGAGUUUGGGGGGUUGGGUUGGUGGGUUGUUUGGGGGUGGGGUGGGGGGUUGAUUGGGGGUGGGUUGGGGGGUUGGGUUUGGGGGGGGUUGGGGGGUUGGGGGUUUGAGUUUGGGGGUGGGUUGGGGGGGGUUUGUGGUUUGGGGGGGGUUGGGGGUUGGGGGGGGUUGGGUUUGGGGGUGGGGUUGGGGUUUGAGUUUGGGGUUGGGGGGGGUUUGAUUGGGGUUGGGUUGGGGGUGUGGUGGGUGGGGGGGGGAGGGUUGGGGGGUUUGUGUUUGGGGUGGGUUGGGGGGUGUGAUGUGUGGGUGGGUGUUGGGGGGGGUUGGUGGGUGGGGGUUGGGGGUGGGGGGGUUGUGUUGGGGGUGGUGGGUUGGGGGGGGUUUUGUGUGGGGUUGGGGGUGGGGGGUUUGGUGUUGGGGGGGGUGGGGUUGGGGGUGGGGUGUUGGGGGGUGGGUUGGGGGGGGGUGGAUUGGGGGUUGGGUUGGGGGGGGGGUUUAUGUUUGGGGGUUGGGGGUGGGGGUUUGGAGUAUGGGGGGUUGGAGGGGUGGGGGUUUGGGGUGUGGGUGAGGGGGUGGUUGGGUGGUUGGGGGUGUUGUUGA